AUCAGAGAGAGAGAGAGAGAGAGAGAGAGAGAAGGUGUGGUUGGACAGCAUAAUAGACAGAGAAAAGGGUAAGGAUAAGCUGAGAGGUAGAGAGGGGCAGUUUGGAUUGAGAAUUAGUGUGAAAGGCACGAGACAAAAGGAGACCAAUAAAUGAAUGAGAAGGGUCAAGGGUUCAUAACCCUCAUGAUCGUUACGUCGUUUUUCAUUCUCUACUCCCAAAAAUAUACCAGAAUUCCACGUUUUCUUCUCUUCUUCUUUCUACUUUUCUUCUCAUUUCAUAAUUUCUCUCCCUAGAUACCUUCACUUUUGUCCCAUGUUACACCAACACCACACCAAUCUCUCUAUAUCAACCAACUCAUUUUCCAACAACAACGUUUUCUGCUUUAAUACCAUCCAUAUAUACUAUAUGCAUCAACUUUCUCUACUUUUCAUUUCAAGUAGCUACGACUUACCAUUUUUCUGUCUUCUCUUCAUCACAAAAACCUCCUUGCAUGCUACCUCUACACAUUCUUACUUCAUUUUCUUUGUUUUUGCUUUUUUCAACUUCAACACCAUUCUACUAUGCUCCAUCGUUUCAAUUCCCAUUGCCAAGUGACAAGGGAUGAUGGAGACAGAUAAAUAAAUCUAUUUAAAGCACUCCCACUUUAUACAGAUAUAACACACCCCUUUCCUUGUUUUAGCAUAUAUUCUCUUUCAUUACUUCUAAUCUUGUAUGUAUAUAAGCUCAUAAAGCUAUGCUACCUAGUAGCUUCAUUCUCUGCUAUUUAUAACCUUUUUCUACCAUUACCCUUGUGACCACACAAAAGGGAGAGACCAAAAACCCUAGCCUUUUUGCUCUCAUUGCCUCUACCAGAAUGUGGAUGGUUGGUGACAAUGAAGGUGGUGAGUUCAGUAUGGUUGAUCAUUCUUUCAGUGGAAGGAAACUCAGGCCCCUCAUGCCAAGGCCAAUGAUUUCUUCUAACACUGCACCACCAACAACCACUCUUAGCUUAACUCACCACCAUGGCAAUGAUUUCCCUUCACAAUAUGAUCAUCACCAUCUUGCCUCAGUGGCAGAACAAAACAAGAGAGAGCAGUUCAAUGGUGCAGCACCUGUUGUUGUGAGCUCAAGGUGGAAUCCAACCCGAGAGCAACUAAGAGCCCUUGAAGAGUUGUAUAGAAGAGGAACAAGGACACCAUCUGCUGAGCAAAUCCAACAUAUCACUGCACAGCUUAGAAGGUUUGGUAACAUCGAAGGCAAGAAUGUGUUCUAUUGGUUUCAAAAUCACAAAGCCAGGGAAAGGCAAAAACGUCGCCGUCAAAUGGAAUCAGAGGCUGAAACUCCUGAGAAGAAAGAGUCAACUGCAAGUAGGGCAGUUUUUGAAGUUAAACAGACCAAGAAUUGGACACCCUCAACAAACUGCAGUACUGUUGCAGAGGAAUCUGAUUCAACACAGAGGACUGCAAAAGCAGUGGCCGUAGAGAGUAGAACAGUUGGAUGGCUCCAAUUCGAUGAAGGGGAAUUACAAGAAAGAAGAAACCUUUUGGAGAGGAAUGCCACGUGGCAUGUGAUGCAGUUACCUUGUCCUUCUCCUGCUGCACCUGUCACAAGCCUCAUAAACAGCCCUCCUAACGCCUCUUCAGCUAUUAGUAUGGCUACUACAACAACUACAGUAACAACAAAAAUGGACCCUAACCUCAUAAAGACACAUGAUCUCAGCUUUUACAUUUCACCCCAGAGGGAAAACAGUGUUAUAUACUUAAGCAGUAGCAGUAGUACUAGUGAAGAUGAUAACUGUGUGGAGUCUCAAACCCUUCAGUUUUUCCCAUUAAGGAGUGGUGGUGAUGUUAGCAGUGACAACAUGAGGGAUAAAGAGACAGAGAUAUCAGCUUCAGCAAUGAAUUGCAAUAACUUUACCCCAAGCCAGUUUUUUGAGUUUCUUCCUAUGAAGGAGUAAUAUCAGAGACACAUGCUAUGUUUGUAAAAUGAUGGGAAUGUGUUUUGAUGUUGUUGUUUUGUUGAAAAAUGACACUGCUUUUAUUGUUAGUUGUUAGAUGAUGUUAUGUUUCAAGGAAUUGGUGCUGUAAUAUGACACUGACUUUGAAUGAAGGUAAUGUAUUUUACCUUAAACUGCAUUUGGACUAUGUUGGUUGAAUCAAAACUUAGUAUUUGAUUUUAAGACAUGAAAAUGGGAAUAAGA